UACACUUGUUAAGGUUUUUGUCAAAUUCAAUAGUUGCAUUUCUCUUUCCCGCCCGGUGUAGACAUAGCCUGCAUGCUGUUAAUUAAAGUGGGAGGACAGAAAAACUCCGGACGGGGUGAGAGGAAAGCUGAAAAGCCCCUCCCCGCAGAUUGUAGCCUACGAUGCGAUGGUGCUUUAAUUUCAUUGUUUGAGAGGAGCGACGCUCGGUGUGCAUCUGCUGGGAUCAAACAGCCCCGACAGAGAGAUCCCCUUUUGUCAUGGAAAUCAGACCCUGACUCUCAGUCACACGUGGGCUUCAGAAAUGCUAAGAAGUUGAACAUCCAGCCAGGACCUGUAAUACAGAACAGAACGGGUCAAGGUGAUGGCGAGGACCAGUGUACGAUAGGACUCUCUCCACGUUUCACUCUCAUCGGCAGUAGGAUAUAUAUAUAUAUUUAUAUAUAGCUAAUGUGCACAGUCAAUGCGCUGUAGUUUUUUUGUCGCGCUUAGAAGUAGGCAAGAAGGUUGAGUUUGUUAUUCUUUUGAAAUGGCAAUCAAGUCAUUUUCGGUAAGUGUAAUUCGCUCUGUAUAGAAUACUUUUUUGUUUUCAAUGUAUAGAAACUAUAUUUAUCACUGUUCUGGUAUCGCGUAGCCUGUUUUUCAAAAAUGCUGGAUUUGGCUCUUCGGAUGGUUUUCUGUGCGCUGUUCUGUUCUAUUUCUGCGCGCGCAUCCGGGUGCCCUCUUCGUUGCGAAUGCUCCGAAGCUGCUCACACGGUGAAGUGUGUUUCCAAAGACUUGCGGAGUGUCCCGUCUGGGAUACCAGGGUAUACGAGGAAUCUGUUCAUAACGGGAAACCAGAUCAGCAGAAUUGGACCGGAAUCGUUCAAAGGGCUGGACAAUAUAACAACGCUGUCACUGAGUAACAAUAGGAUAACAGAGGUAGAGUCUCAGACGUUCUCUGGGUUGCGUUCCCUCCGCUCUCUGGACCUGAGCUCCAACCAGCUGGCUGUCAUCAACCCAGAGGCCUUCACUGUUCCGGGCCACACUCUCAGGGAGCUCAACCUCAGCCGAGCUCUCUACAACCACUCCUCUCUCGUGAACCUGGCUAUGUCUCUUCGCUGGUCCACCCUGGUUGAGCUCCGGACCCUGGACCUGUCAGGGAACAGGCUAAUCUACCUGCCCUCUCACACCUUCUCCUACCUUGGGGGCCUGCGGAGGCUCAUCCUGGCCAACAACUCCCUGGUGGCCCUCCACAAUGGCACCUUCUCUGGGCUGGACUCUCUGGAGCAGCUAGAUCUGACCCUUAAUGCUCUGCGGACCGUCCAGGAGGAGGGCCUGGCUGAGCUGGCCUCUCUGCCCCCCGGGGUGAGACUCCUUCUAGGGGAGAACCCCUGGACCUGUAUCUGUGGCAUGGAGCCCUUCGCUGCCUGGCUCAACUCCUCCCAGGGGCAUGUGGGGGACGCAGAGGGCCUGGUGUGUGCCUUCCCCUCAGACAUGAGGAACACCUCUCUGCUGAGGCUGGCGGCUGGACAGGCUGGGGCGGGCGGGGACGGGGUGGCCCUGGGAUGCCACAUGGUGGGUGAGGGGGCGGACCUGGCCCUCCAGACUUCCUACGUGUUCCUUGGGAUCGUCCUGGGCUUCGUGGGACUCGUCUUCCUCUUGGUCCUCUACCUCAACCGGCAGGGCAUCAAGAAGAGGAUCAAUGACAUGCGGGAAGCGUGCACGGAGGUGUUGGAGGGAUACCACUACCGCUACGAGCACGACUCCGACCCCAGGCUCUCACAGGUCUCCACCACAGCAGACAUUUGAUGAUAGGACCCUCAAGGGGCUUCCAUGAUCCUUCUUUCAUAAUCAAAAACAUUUUUUCUAUUGCAUUUAUAAGUUGAUAAGAUCAUGUAAAAACUGUACAUGUGAAUUGUGUGUAAAUAUAAACAUACAGUAAGUAUAUGACUGAGUAUUGUUAUUGUUUUCCUAGUAGCUUUGUCCAUGAUUAAAGCAUGCACUCUCUCAUCUGUAGUCCUUCACAACCAGUCCUCACUUUCAGUCCACACAUCGUCUGAGACUGGGGAUUACCCAUGGCUAACAAAUGGGCAUUGACAGUGAAAGAGAACUGUUGUAUGGAUGGGGGACUGACUGACUGUUCUUCUACAUUGAUUUCCCCCUCUUAAAAGUGGGGCUUCUCUGUCUGUCCUAGAAUGAAGUGUCACGUGAAGGAGUGAAACUACAUUUGGACAGCAUCAUUUAUGUAUGUUAUGGUUCUUGGAACAGAACAGCUAUGGAUGAAUAUACUUAAUUCAUGAAGCUGAAGUAAUGAAACUGAAGACUGUUCUUAUACAUUUCACCUGCUAUGAUUUUACUUAAGUAUUGUUCUUUGAGAGGAGGUCUUGUAAAUGUAUAUACUAUUGCUACCAAGCUCACAUACAGCAUAAUUAAUCAGCUCAUGAGUUGCAAGUUGUGUGACACCAACCCCUGUGAAGCUUAUGCACAAUGGCUAUGCCUGAAAUUGCACCAUAUUCCCUGUAUGGGCCCUGGUCAAAAGUAGUGGACUUAUAAAGGGAAUAGGGUGCCAU